AUGGAAUGGCUGUGAUGUCAUGGAUUCAAUUCUACUUCAUAUGUGAGACUGGCCAAGAUAUUGAGGAUAAUGGAUUGGAUGAUAUUCUCUAUGAUAGCAAUUGGGUAGAUUUACCUUGUGAGCUGCAGAAGGACUUGAUGCAACUGAUUAGCCAAAGGCAAAAUCGAGUAACUCUCGAUGUGGGGCCAUUUGGAGUUGUUAACCGGGAUCUCUUUGCGAAAGUAACAAACAAAGUCUAUUCUUUUGUUAUGUUCUUGCGUAAUUUUGCUUCUUAAAUUUAUGGCGCGAUUGCUGCACCAUUGUUUGGACACUUCUAGAUUCUAUUCAAAAUGAAUCGAUUUCUACUUCUCUUUAUAUUUACGAUCCUGUUGAUUAAUUGUUGAAUUAUAUCUAUUCU